AAGGGCAUCUAGGAAAAGUGGGAGUGCGAAUCUAAGAAGAUAUAAUACCAAGACGGCUAGAAAAUGAAUCCCUCACUCGGUUUUCCGUUUUUCUUUAUGCUGACGAACAAGAAUCGGUUUACGGCGCACGAAAAGCGGCUGACAAAGCGAGAGCAAGAGGAUUUUCCGGAGAUGUGGACGACGUGGGAGCGCCGUUGCUAUCGGCAAUAUCUGGAUGACGCACAGAACGGGGGCGGAGACGGGGAGCACGUGUACCAUACUCUCAAUGACCACGUGAAGAAGUGUCGGAAGCGAAUGGACGGGAAACCCACGCUCGAGAAUGCGCACGAGUAUGAUCAACUUUUAAUAUGCUCGGCCAUGUUGAUCAUAUGCUUUCAUGUCGACAAAAAGUCCAAGGUAAAUUCGCUCUGGCACUUGUGUACAGUGCCCUUAUAGUUGUACUUCUGUCUAACUUGGAAUAUGAGGAAGUCCUUACAUGAGACUGAUCGCAUCUUUUUUGAAAGAACUGAACAGACAACCACAUGAGGUGCCAUUACCGAAUAAAGGAGCUCUCGGAGAUCUGCAUGUACGUAGGCGUAGAGAAUCCUCGGCAUUUCAAUGACAGCAAGUUUCACGACAUAGCAGCUGCGGCCUUCAAGCGGUUGGAGGAAGGGAAGGGGCGGCACGAAACAAUCGGAGUAUUCAGCCAAUAGUACUAGCUUGAGAGAAAAGGGACUGACAUCCUAUCUAAAACACUCGAAGACCCCGAGCCUUCCUGUUUUCAGUAGCAGAGUAGUGCUUCUGUACGGAUCGUGCAGCAAGAAUAUGCGGCGACCACCUAUGGUUUGUGUACUGCAGAGGAGAGUCCUUUGUCGAUUCGAUUACCAUGCCGGAUACCGUAACAAUGAUCGGGUGCUAUUAUCAGGGGCCUGCGGCUAGGACUCGCACCUUGACGCAAUUUCAUUUGCAUGUGGUCGCGCUUAAAGAACCUCUCGUCCCUGCUUGUCGUGAUAGGGAGGGAAGUUGUACUUCUUCCACCGGAUCGUACGGAAGCGAUACGUUUACAGUUUGCAUGAUAACCGGGAAAUGGUCGUCAGACACAACGAAAUUUCGACCAUGCAGGUCGACAAGAAAGCCAGGGGUUACUUCGAACCAGCGGCAUCACAGAUACGGUUUGGGUGGUACCGCGUUUCGUUCGAUGACAGAAACUAAGCAGCCGUUAGCCGUGCUGCCUGAAAUAGGGAGGAGAAAAGGAGCAUCACGGCAGGCCCCAGAUAUUAUUCUUUACAAUUUUUACCUGAGAGAGCAGAAAAGUUUGCAUCAGUUCAGAAAUAUGAUUUGGUAUCGUCAGAGAUAAAAACUUGUAGGAUAUGAU